UUAUAAAGCUAUAAGAACAAAAAUGCAUUACAAAACUGCACAAUGUUUCAAUAUACUUUGUUUGCAGCUAUAUAAUUAUCUGUAUGACAGAGCAUUCAUUGUUACGUCUAUGGUAUAAACUGGAUCAUUGCCUGUUGCACGGGGAUAAACGAGGUAUUAUGACGGAUAAACUGGCGCUCAUUUAGAAAUAGAAAGCACACGCAACAAUGAAUUUGAACAGGCGAAGUCAGCAGUCGUCUGUUUCCUGCCUGUAUCCGGGUCCUGUAUGGAAGCCCGUGCGAGGCUGUCCCGGAGACCCCGUGCUGCCUGCACCUCUCGUCUUGGUUGACAUGGACGAUGAAGAUGGCAGGUGCCUGCUAGAUGUCAUUUGUGACCCAGAAGCACUCAACGAUUUUCUUCAUGGAUUAGACACCCAUCUGGACACUGACGACCUACUGGAUGGCUCGAGCUAUCUCUCCAGCUCUUUCUUCUCGGGUGCUGGGUGCCACAUUCCAGAGGUCCGGCCCCCAGUCCAGCUGCUGUCCAAUGAGCAGCCAGCCUUGCCCCGGGUCAGUGUGGACCUGGACUUCCUGGAAGAUGAUGUCAUCCUGGGCGGGUCGCCGGGCGGUAGCGGUAGCAACACCAUGGAGCCAUGUGACAUCCUGCAGCAGAGCCUGGCGGAGGCUAACAUUACAGAGCAGAGCCUGCAGGAGGCUAACAUUACAGAGCAGAGCCUGCAGGAGGCUAACAUUACAGAGCAGAGCCUGCAGGAGGCUAACAUUACAGAGCAGAGCCUGCAGGAGGCUAACAUUACAGAGCAGAGCCUGCAGGAGGCAGAGUUGGACCUGGGCUCCUUCGACCUCACCAUGCCAGGUCUGACUCAGGUGGUCCAGACCCUGCCCUGUACAGACAGCCUGACUGGGUCUGGAGGGACCGCUGCGGGGGUGGGGCUCCCCAUCUUCCCUGGAGCUCCAGGCUCCUCCGCCACCCCUCCCCAGGCCACAGCUGACAUGCUGGGCUCGGUGCUGGCCCAACAGGGCCUGGAGUUUGGGCCCCAGGUCAUGAACAAGGCCCAGACAAUCAGUAUGCAGCCUUUCAUUCAGCAGGUGGCAGGCCUGGGUAAUGUCACCCUUCAGCCAAUCGCCUCCCUCCAGGCUCUACCUAACGGCUGUCAGUCAGGACACCUGGGACUGGGACAGAUACAGGUGAUGGGCCAGCCCACUGUGAUGACUAUGAACCAAUCAGGACAGCCCAUCCUGGCCAAGAGUAUGGGAGGAUACCAGAUGCAUCAGCCUGGCCCUGAGGCACAGGGGGCAGGUGGGCAGGGCGGACUGGGAGGGGGACUUCUGAUCCAAGGGGGCAAAGCUACUCUGGGAUCUCCAGUUUUAAACGGCCCGGCGUUGGGCUCUAACAGUAACGGUAGCACCAUAACUGCUGCUGGAAGCUUGGGUCAACAGGGGCAGAACCUGAUCAUCCAGCGAACCCCGACCCCCAUCCAGCCCAAACCCCCCAAGGGGGGCGCAGCCAUCCAGCCCAAACUGUUCAAGCAGCAGCAGGCCCAGCCCCACACCCUCCAGAAUGAUGCCAACAAGGCUAUUGGGGCUCAGGUCCCUGUCUCCGCUGCCCAGAAUGUAGCCUUCCUGACAGGCAAGCCUGGGGCCAACGUGGUCCUGACCUCCCAGGCAGGGCUUCCCCAACAGGCUCUGUUCAAACAGCAGACAAUCCACCACCCCUCUGGGAAAGCACUCAGUGUCCACCUGCUCAACCAGCCUGGCAGCAUCAUGCUGGGGGGGCAGAACCACCAGUUCCUCCUGCCACAGCAGCUAGCUGGGGGUCAGAUCCUCACGCAGCACCCUGGGGGCCACAUUAUCACCUCCCGGGGGCCUGGGGGCCAGCUGAUAGCCAACCAGAUCCUGGCUCAGCACCAGAACAUCAACCUGGGCCAGGUGCUGACUUCUCAGGGCCACCCUCUGCUCCAGGGCCACAUCCAGCUGCAGCCGGGCCAGAUGGGGGCGGGACAUCAGCUCUUCCAGAUGCCUGUCACCCUCUCCCAGAGCCAGAGCCACCCAGUCACGGAUCACCAGGCCCACACAGUGAUCCAGGGCAUGCCCUUGCACAACUCCCUGGCCAUGCUGAGCCAGGUAGAAGGGUUGAGUCCUGCUGUCAGCUUGCAGCCCGCUCUGCAGCCACAGUCAGGGGGCGUUCCCAGCAGCGGGGUGGGUGGGGCUGCUGCCAUUGCACAGGGCCAGCAUGGGGGUAGUGUGCCGAUGCGGGGGAGUUCUACAGAGCAGGCAGCCCACCCUAUGCCCUCUGUCUCCAUGGCCAUGUCUGUCCCCUCCUCCUCUCCGUCCUUAUCUGUGUCCACCACACUGGUCCCCCACCUAGCCCAGCAGCACAGCCCCGGGAGCAGGGUGCUCUUCACGGGCCACCAGGGCUCCAGCAUGAUCCUCAGCCAGGAACACCUCCAGAUGUUCCUCCAGCAGGACCAGCGACAGACAGAGAAUGAUCCCGUCUCCACUGUGUCAGUGGGCGUGCCAGCGUCCGUUAUCGUCAGCAGCAACAGCAGCUUUGGUCAAGCCUCCUUGGGCCAUGACAGCCAAUUAGCUGAGACAGCAGUGGUAAACCAGAUGGCCCAGGCGGGUGGCCAGCAGCAGCAACUGAAGCUCCAGAGCCUGUCCCCCUCCCAGCCCCUGGCCUCCCACACUGCCCUCCCUCUGUCGGACAGCCCACAGCCCUCCCCCCUCCCCAUGCAUUCCCCCAGUCCUGGUCCCCUUCUCAACCCCAGACCCCUGCCCGAUCCUGCACCCCCUCCUCUCUUCCCCCAAUGUUCAUUAUCCAGAACCAGAUACCAGGCCACUCCCAGCCUGCCCCACAACAACAACAACAGAUACACCUCCAGCCCCGGCCCCCUCCCAGCCUGUCCCACAACAACAAAUACACCUCCAGCCCCGCCCCCUCCCAGCCUGCUCUCUACGAACCGGACGUCCCCCCCCUCUCGCUCCCCCAAACCCCCCCAGAUCCUCCAGGCCCCUCUGGCAGGGCUCCAGUUCACUGCUAGCCAGGUGGGGGACCCCGGGGGUGGGGUGUUGAAGACCCAGGUCUUAACAGCAGAGCGGCAGCACCGCCUGCAGUUGGUUGGUGCUCAGCCCUCUCCACAACAGAAACACCAGGUGCAACAGAACAUUCUACUACAGGCCAAAUGGCAGCAGCAAAGCCAGCCCCAACCCCAACAUCAUGGUGGUCAACAAGACGUGCCUGCUCCUCAGUCAUCUGUGCUGGUCAAGACUCCUGCCACAGCAUUCAAUGACGUGUUGUCAGGAGCUCAGGUGACCCAGGGGGGCGUGGCUCCAGCUAACCAGCCUGGUCAACAGUCACUACACCAGGCUGUGCAGGUGGGGGGGAUGGAGUCCGUGUCAGGUCUGAUUCAGAUGACCUCUACACAGCAGACUUUCAGCCCUGGUCUGGCCCCUCUACAAACACAGACUGCUGCUAUGAAGAUGCAUUUCAGUAUGGCUAAACCUAGCAAGGAAGCCAGGAUGUUGGAGCAGCUGAGGAAGCAGCAGGGCUCAGUCCUCCACCCAGACGACAGCUCUUCCUUCCAGUGCUUUGAAGACACCCUGACCCGCCUGGUGCCUUACCACCUCUACCAGGGCACUGCCACCCCACCACAUGACUACCACAGAGUGGAUGAUGAGUUUCAGAGGGUUUCCAGCCAGCUCCUGAAGAGAACGCAGGCUAUGCUGGAUAAAUACAGACACCUCCUUUUUGAGGAAUCAACGCGCCUUGGCCCGUCAGCUGAGAUGGUAAUGAUGGACAGGAUGUUUAUUCAGGAAGAGAAGAUCUCUCUGGGACAGGACCGCAUCCUCGCCAGAGACAGACCUGAGGAGUAUGUAGCCAACUCAAGGAUGAUGGAGAUUGAGAGUGGAGCUGCCAACAUGGCCCAGUCCAAGCCUCAGCUACAGUCCCAGCUCAAACAUAAGUCUCAGCCCCAUCCUGACCCUCAGCCCCUGUCCCAUCCUCAGCCCCUGUCCCAUCCUCAGCCCCAUCCUCGGCUCCAAUCCGAGCCCCAGCUCCAUUCCGAGCCCCAGCUCCAUUCCGAGCCCCAGCUCCAUUCCGAGCCCCAGCUCCAUUCCGAGCCCCAGCUCCAUUCCGAGCCCCAGCUCCAUUCCGAGCCCCAGCUCCAUUCCGAGCCCCAGCUCCAUUCCGAGCCCCAGCCCGAGCCCCAGCUCCAUUCCGAGCCCCAGCCCCAGCCUCUGUCCCUGCUCCAGUCCGAGCCUCAUCCUCAGCCCCUGUCCCAGCUCCAGUCCGAGCCUCAUCCUCAGCCCCUGUCCCAUCCUCAGCCCCGUUCCCAGCCUCAGCCCCAGUGGUUUGAGCCCAGCACCGUAAGGAGUGGUGUUGCCCCUGCUCCAGCCCCACCACCGAUCCCGGACCACUUCCCCUCCACCAAGCUGGUGAUAAAGCAGGGAGGAGCGGGGGCGUCUGUCUCCUGGUCCAGUUCCCCAGCUCCUGUGGCCAGGCCGGGGUCAGGGGUUAGACAGACAGCCGACACCCAGAGUCACAGCUCCUCCUUCAGCCGCGCUCCUCCACCUCCCUCCCGUCACUCACUCCACCACCCUUUGUCCUCCUCUCGUCCAGCUGAGGAUGAUGAUACUCUCCCCCGGAGGACCAGUAAACCCCCCAUGAAGACAUACGCCGCCCGCCCACGCAUCGGCUUGAAGCUCAAGAUCAAGCAGGAGGCGGGGUUUAGUAAGGUGGUGCAUAACACCGCCCUCGACCCGGUCCACACACCAUCCACACCCAACCCUAAGCCACAGCCACUCCAUACCAUCCUGCCCCAACCGGCACCGGCACUCCCUACCACCCUGCCCCACCCUGCGCCGCCACUCCCUACCACCCUGCCCCACCCUGCGCCGCCACUCCCUACCACACGAUCCCACCCUGCGCUGCCACUCCCUACCACCCUGCCCCAACCGACGCCGGCACUCCCUACCACCCUGCCCCAACCGACACCGGCACUCCCUACCACCCUGCCCCAACCGACGCCGGCACUCCCUACCACACGACCCCAACCGACGCCGGGACUCCCUAUCAUCCUGCCCCAACCGACCCCGGCACUCCCUACCACCCUGCCCCAACCGACACCGGCACUCCCUACCACACGACCCCAACCAACGCCGGGACUCCCUACCAUCCUGCCCCAACCGACCCCGGCACUCCCUACCACCCUGCCCCAACCGACCCCGGCACUCCCUACCACCCUGCCCCAACCGACACCGGCACUCCCUACCACCCUGCCCCAACCGACGCCGGCACUCCCUACCACCCUGCCCCAACCGACGCCGGCACUCUCUACCACACGACCCCAACCGACGCCGGCACUCUCUACCACACGACCCCAACCGACGCCGGCACUCUCUACCACACGACCCCAACCGACGCCGGCACUCUCUACCACACGACCCCAACCGACGCCGGCACUCUCUACCACACGACCCCAACCGACGGCGGCACUCCCCACCACCCUGCCCCAACCGACGGCGGCACUCCCUACCACACGACCCCAACCGACGCCGGCACUCCCUAAAGCCCAAACAGCAGCACUAGCCACGCCGCCUUCUAUAACUGUCAUUAGGACUCCUCCCCCUAGCUGUAACACAGCCUCCUCAGCAAUGGUCUCCAUAGCAACCACACAGGCGACCCCCAGCCCACAGAGAGUCACAGCGCCCGCAUCUUCCUCCACGGCUCAGAUGAACGGAGCGUUAGAACAUCACAAUGUGGGUGGAGUCAAGCGUAACCCCGCCUCCACUUCCCCUCAGACCACCUGCCGCCUGCCUCUACGGAAGACUUAUCGGGAGAACAUCAGCCCCCGUGUCCGACCGGGCGUACCGGGAGGAGGAGGAGACAGUGUCCCGUACCCCCGUCCCUCCCCCUCGCCCCCCAAUUCUCCUCCCUCUCCCUCCUCAGAGGGGACAGUGAUCACCAGCAUGAAGCUGGAGAAGAGAGGAGGAAGCCAAAGGGAGGGGAGCUCCCACACAGAGCUCAGCCGGGAGGCCCUGAGGCUGGGGAACUCCUCCCCCUCCUCUCCUGGCCUAGUGCAGGGCAUCACAAACACCCAGCAGCAUCUCUCAGACCGAGAGGAGGAGAGGGGGAGAGAAGGGGAUCAUUGGGACAGAGGGGCGGACAUGGGGAGGUAUAAGAGGGUGAGCAGUAAAAACCACCAGAGGUCAGGUGGCGGCGGUGGGGGUGAUACGUUCAGAUUGGACCAGCAUGCCCCUGGGCCCCCUUCCUCGCCGCCAGACACUUCUUGUUAUAGAGACUCAUCACUUCCUGCUAAGCGCUGUAAGUCAGACUCUCCUGUCAUGGACAACGCCUCCUUCUCCUCCGGCUCCCCACCACACGAUGAGUCUCUUAACGAGCACCUGCAGUGUGCCAUCGACACCAUCCUCAACUUGCAGGGCCAGGCUCAGAGGCCCACACCGCGCAGAGCCAAAGGGGCCUCCGUCAGGCCACAUCACCACCACAGCCAGCGACCCACGACCCCCCAGCCCUCCUCACACACAUACAGACCCUCAGUCUCCUCUUCAUCUUCAUCCUCUCUGGCCCAUCACUCUCAGGUUGGAGGCAGAGGACUGGUGCCACAGACUCACAGCAGAUAACACACACAACAGUUGGGACUGAAGAGAGGAGAGAGGAAUAACUCUCACUGCUCUGACAAGCUCAGUUGACCUUGUUUGUCCAUCUGAAUGUUGUUUACUUUACAACAUGACCCAAUGCUCACAGUCAAUGGAUGGAUGGAUGGUGAUGACUUUCUCUGUAAAAAGUUAUGCUUUACUCUGUGGCAGUACCCUCUGUUCUCCCAACUUAUGCUUUACUCUGUGGCAGUACCCUCUGCUCUCCCAACUUAUGCUUUACUCUGUGGCAGUACCCUCUGCUCUCCCAACUUAUGCUUUACUCUGUGGCAGUACCCUCUGCUCUCCCAACUUAUGCUUUACUCUGUGGCAGUACCCUCUGCUCUCCCAACUUAUGCUUUACUCUGUGGCAGUACCCUCUGCUCUCCCAACUUAUGCUUUACUCUGUGGCAGUACCCUCUGCUCUCCCAACUUAUGCUUUACUCUGUGGCAGUACCCUCUGUUCUCCCAACUUAUGCUUUACUCUGUGGCAGUACCCUCUGCUCUCCCAACUUAUGCUUUACUCUGUGGCAGUACCCUCUGUUCUCCCAACUUAUGCUUUACUCUGUGGCAGUACCCUCUGCUCUCCCAACUUAUGCUUUACUCUGUGGCAGUACCCUCUGUUCUCCCAACUUAUGCUUUACUCUGUGGCAGUACCCUCUGUUCUCCCAACUUAUGCUUUACUCUGUGGCAGUACCCUCUGUUCUCCCAACUUAUGCUUUACUCUGUGGCAGUACCCUCUGCUCUCCCAACUCAAUCAUCAGUUUGAUUAAUUUGUCUCCAUUUUGUUUGUUUUAUUGAAGGUUUUCUUUUGUCAUUCCUAUUGUAUUCCAUUCCUUAGUCAUCAUGUUAUGGCUGCUGCCUGCCUGCCUGUCUGUAUAACAAGGACCUGGGUCAUGUUCAGUAGGUAUAAAACAGGACAAAACUACAGGAACUUGUCCAAUAAUAAGAGAUGUUUUUCUGUGACUAAAUGUUUGCUCUACUGAAUAUAAUCAAGACAAGACUGCA